AUGGCGUCCAAAACAAUGCAAAACCUCGGGCCUCUGACAUCCAUAUGGACGCCGCCAGUGGCAUGCUACAACACGGUGCUCGCGUGCCUCUCGUUGCCCUGCAGCAGUGGCUACCCGGCCCAGACGUGCGAGUCCACGGCCGCGAGCAGCCUUCUCUGGGUCCACUGGGCGGUCGACUGCUUCCCGCCGUACCCCUCCACAUUUGAUCUCUGGGGGUAUUACUCGCCCGGCGUGUUCUGCCCGGAUGGUUUCACGAUCGCGGCGACGCAGGUCGGGGAUGGGAUCGGUGUUGCGGCGUCUGGGGCGUUGCCGCUUGAUCCCACCCAGACGGGGGCUGUGUGCUGUCCCACAGUGUACUCGUACGACUACAUCAACAACGGCGACCAGCGCUGCGUCCGAAAACUGACGGGCAGGACGGCCUUCGCGGCGCAAAUCUGCGGUGUCACCAUCCAGAACGUCCAGAUGAAUCUGCCCACAACAUACCACCCGACGACGGCCAACGGCGUCGGACCCGUCGUCACGGUCACCACGAAUGACUUUUUUUGGCCCGCCGUCCGCAUCGUCUGGCAGGAGAGCGACCUGAGUCUCAUCGACGACGCGGCGGCCUCGGGUAUGACGGCUAGUCCGUCAGCUGCGGUUUCGGCUAUCGCUUCUCCGACGGCCAACGGCGUCGGACCCGUCGUCACGGUCAGCCCGAAUCCCAAGAGCGGUGGGCUCUCGCCAGGAGCGAUAGCGGGGAUAGUGGCUGGCAUUGUGGUGGCCUUGGCCCUGCUCGUUCUGGCUGUAUGGCUGAUUCUGCGGCAUCGUCGGCGAGCACAACGAGAAAGACACAGCACUGACGGCAUCAUCAGUCACUCGAAUGUGACGGGUCUGCGCAGCGAACAACUGUACCCAGACUACCAACAUCCACAGCAGCAGCAGCAAUACUACGCUGCUCCCGGAUUUGCACCCGAGGCCGAGCUGUCAGGGGAAGGCAGGGUGAGGUAUGAGCUCCCUGCAUGGUCAGAUCCGGCCAACAUAGGCCGAUAG